AUGUCCGGUGACGUAGAACACCUAGAAACGCAGAGUAUGGCGCCUGUAGAGUUCAUAGUCGACCAGGCACGUGUCAUCAAAGCGAUCAAGCUGGAAUUGGAGGCGGCGGGCGCCUUCAGGGGCAUUGAGACGAACGGCGGAAGCAAGAUCGUGCGCUCAUCGCUGGACGUAAGUGCAGAUACGGCGGCGCGCAUCUGCACCACGUACCAGGUGUCGAGCCGGGAAUACAGCGCGGGCGCACCGCGCGUGCCACGGACACUGGAGGGCUUUGCAGAGUCGUACCUGCAUGCGCAGGGGUUUUCAGAGGUAGAGACGGCGGCGCUGCUGCGGGCGAUGCCGCAGCGGUACACGCUGUACCCGCCGCUAGUGCUCUUCAGCCACUCGGGCGCGCGCAGCUUCGAGCACGACGCAUGGGGCGCCGCGUUUGCGCGCAUGGACAAGGACGCGUUCUUCGCGGCGAUGCUGGCAUCGGGGUGCUUCCCCACGGGCUACACGCACGUAGCCGCCAACCGCCCGAUCGUGGCGACAGACGCGAUGCGCCGGCCGUUCAACAUCGCGCCGCUGUACGGGGAGCUGCUGGCGCAGGGGGACGCUGCCGGCGCGCAGUUAUGGGAGCAGCCGACGGCGGCGGACUUCGCGCGCAGCGUGUGGUGCUCAGUAGUGCAGAACGGCAUUCGCCAGACGUGGUCGCCCGUGUUCACCAUGUUCAGCCGGGGGAACAUCAAGGAGAAGAAGCGCAUCCUGGACACGUAUCCGGACGUGGCCGGCCGAGACGUGGUCGACCUGUACGCCGGGAUCGGGUACUUCACGCUCAGCUACUUGGCGCGCGGCGCGCGCUCGGUGUACUGUUUCGAGCUCAACCCCUGGAGCUUCGAGGGCUUGCGUCGAGGGCUCGCGGUCAACGCAUACCCGGGCUCGUGCUACGCCUACAACGAGUCCAACGAGUCGGCACCCGCGCGCCUCGCGGGGCGCGACCUCGACGUGCGCCACAUCAACCUGGGCCUGCUGCCCUCCAGCCGGCCGGGCUGGGGCAUCGCGAUGGGCCUCGCGCUCGCGCACGGCUGUCGCCCGAUCACCACCCUGCACAUCCACGAGAAUGCCGCCGCCUCCGAGCUCCACGCGCUCGCAGAUACUGUCGCAGACGAGCUGCGCGCGCUCGCCGCCACCUGCAGCCCAGGCUUGCAUGUCCGGCCGCGUCAUCUAGAGAAGAUCAAGACCUUCGCGCCAGAUGUCUGGCACGUCUGCCUGGACGUCGACGUAUCCCGUUCCGCCGAGUGA